GUAUGAGGAUGCGAUCAGACUGACUGAGACUCCAACGACUGCAGAGGAACAACAAGCUGCUGCUGCUUCUUCUUCCAGAAGUUUCUUCAAUCCAUGAAUCCUGAAAGCGUGUGACGGUGGAGCAGCAGUGAGUGGAACAGAUGAAGAUGGCUUCAACUGAGGAGCAGCAGAUACCAGUCCAGUCUUCAACGUCCAGCUGUGUGUCCAUGAGGAGUGACCAGUCCAGAGAAAACAAUCCAUUCUUCAGUUCUGAAGAACAACAACAAAAAGGUCAGCAGCUCAACCAGAGAGUCCAGUCUUCAGCUUCCAGCUGUGUGUCCAUGAGGAGUGACCAGUCCAGAGAAAACAAUCCAUUCUUCAGUUCUGAAGAUGAACAACAAAAAGGUCAACAGCUCAAACAGAGAGUCCAGUCUUCAACGUCCAGCUGUGUGUCCAUGAGGAGUGACCAGUCCAGAGAAAACAAUCCAUUCUUCAGUUCUGAAGAUGAACAACAAAAAGAUCAGCAGCUCAACCAGAGAGUCCAGUCUUCAACAUCCAGCUGUGUGUCCAUGAGGAGUGACCAGUCCAGAGAAAACAAUCCAUUCUUCAGUUCUGAAGAUAAACGGCAAAAAGGUCAACAGCUCAACCAGAGAGUACAGUCUUCAGCUUCCAGCUGUGUGUCCAUGAGGAGUGACCAGUCCAGAGAGAACAAUCCAUUCUUCAGUUCUGAAGAUGAACAGCAAAAAAGUAGAGCUGGACUCCAGACCAUCAGCCAAAGCAGAACUCUUCAAGGAGAUGUUGAACUGCAGGAGAAUUUAGAUGAACAUCAGGUUAGUGUGAGAAGAAGAUGUGAACAUGUGACUGAAGGAACCAAUGACACGGGAAGAGGAACUUCCCUCAACAGAAUCUACAUUGAACUCUACAUCACAGAGGGACUGAGAGAAGAAGUUCAUAUCCACCAUGAAGUGAAGCAGCUGGAGACAACCUCCAAGAUCAAUUCCAUUCCUGAUUUUCCAAUCAGGUGCCAGGACAUCUUCAAAGUACUAACCUACCAACAUGGAUCCAUCAAAUUGGUUCUGACCAUUGGCGUCGCAGGAAUUGGAAAAACCUUCUCAGUGCAAAAGUUCAUUCUGGACUGGGCCGAGGGCUUGGAGAACCAAGACAUCAGUGCAGUGGUUCCUCUGUCAUUCAGGGAGAUGAACUUGAUCAGAGAUGAGCAGCACAGUCUUCUCACUCUCAUCCAACGUUUCCAUCCAACCUUCCAGAAGAUCCCAGCAGAGCAGCUGUCUGUCUGUAAACUUCUCUUCAUCUUUGAUGGUCUGGAUGAAAGCAGACUUUCUCUGGACUUCAACAACAGUCAGGUGGUGUCUGAUGUCACUCAGAAGUCAUCAAUCAAUGUUCUUCUGACAAACCUCAUCCAGGGACGUCUGCUUCCCUCAGCUCUGGUCUGGAUCACUUCCAGACCUGCAGCAGCCAAUCAGAUCCCUCCUUCAUGUGUCUCCAGGGUAACAGAAGUACGAGGCUUCACUGACUCUCAGAAGGAGGAGUACUUCAGGAGGAGAUUCAGUGAUGAAGAUCUGUCCAGCAGAAUCAUCUCCCACAUCAAGGCCUCCAAGAGUCUCUUCAUCAUGUGUGGAGUUCCAGUUUUCUGCUGGAUCACUGCUGUGGUUCUAGAGAACAUGCUGACCACAGAGAAAAGAAAAGAGCUUCCCACCACCAUGACUGACAUGUACUCUCACUUCCUGAUGGUCCAGACAAAGAGGAAGAAGAACAAAUACCAGCAGGAACAUGAGGAGAAUCCACAGGAACUGACAGAGGUUGACAUGGAAGUUCUUCUGAAGCUGGGGAGGCUGGCAUUUGAACAUCUGGAGAAAGGAAACAUCAUGUUCUACCAAGAAGACCUGGAGCAGUGUGGUCUGGAUGUCACAGAGGCUUCUUUGUACUCAGGAGUUUGUACUGAGAUCUUCAGAAGAGAUUGUGAGAUCUUCCAGAAACCAGUCUACAGCUUUGUCCAUCUGAGUGUUCAGGAGUUUCUGGCUGCAGUUUACAUGAUCCACUGUUACAACAACAAGAAGACAGAGGUGGUGGAGAACUUCUUGUUGGAUAAAUCAGAAAACUCAUCUUUAAAAGAUUUUCUGAGCAAAAUCAUGAGGAAAUCACUGCAGAGUCAAACUGGUCACCUAGAUCUGUUUGUUCGUUUCAUUCAUGGACUCACAGUGAAGUCCAACCAGAAAGUCUUGGGAAGCCUUUUGAGUCAGACAGAGAUGAAUCCAGAAGCUACGCAGACAGUCAUUGACUACCUCAAAGGAAUGGUAACAUGCAGAUAUUCUCCUGACAGAAGCAUCAACAUCUUCCACUGUCUGUUGGAGAUGAAGGAUAUCUCAGUUUAUCAGGAGACCCAAGAGUUCCUGAAGUCAGAAACCAAAUCAGUCAAGAACCUCUCAGACAUUACUUGCUCUGCUCUGGCCUACAUGCUGCAAAUGUCAGAGGAGGUGCUGGAUCAGUUGGACCUGAACAAGUUGACCACAAAUCCUUCAGGUUGUUUGAGACUAUUGCCAGCAGUGAGGAACUGCAGAAAGUUUCGGUUUAACGAGAGAGCAGUUAUACAAAAUUCUCACAAAUGUUGCCCAUAUUAUCCUGGAUCUCCUGAGCUUUAUUGGAAUGUUGUGGCCUCGGCUCUGAAGUCCAACCCGUCCCACCUGACAGAACUGGAUCUGAGUGGGAGCGAUCUGCCUGAUAUAGCUGUGACGUUACUGUGUGAAGGAAUAAAGAGUCCAAACUGCCAACUGGAAAUACUGAGGUUGAAGGACUGUGGUUUGUCAAAGAUCAGCUGUGAGGUUCUGACCUCUGCCCUGAAAUCCAACCCAUCCCAUCUGACAGAACUGGACCUGAGGGAAAAUAAUCUGCAGCAAUCAGAUGUUCAGCAGCUCCUGGAUCUGGUACAUAAUCCAGACAGCAAACUGCUUACUUUCAGUUGCCUCUGAUGGCCCAUCAGGUGAUGAAGCAGCACUUUGUCUCCAGAUGUUCUGGAUUUUGCUGCUAAAGGAGGAGAGGAGAGUGAUGGAGUGAGAGGAGGAGGAGAUGACUUUCAGAGCUUCAGUGUGAACUCUGACAUCAGCUCCAUUCUUUUAAAUGUAAUCGUUUUGAUUCAGUUUCACGCUGUGGAAAGAUGCUUUUGUGAACCUUCAAACCUGAAGUUUGUAGGUUUAACCAAAAUAUUUUAGUGAUGAAAAUGAAAGACAACAAGUCAUCCACAAAGACGCACAUAUUUGUACACAUAUUUAUCAAACUCAUUACAGAAAUGAUGAAAUGCAUAGAUCAACAAGACAGAAAAUAAGACAAAACAAAAAAGUCACUUAAAUCACAUUUGCUCAAUUAAAUACAGUGAUCAUUAACAAAAGUUAAGUAGAGCUUGAUUUAUUGCUUGAAAAGGAGUGGGAACAAGUAAAUUUAUAUAAUCCUAUCCAUAAAAAUCAUACAAAUUAUAAACUGAACCGGAAAACUGAAUAAAAUUUCUACAACUGUUAAAAUCUGGUAAACUUCUGAAUUUGCUGUCAAUAGAAAUGAAGAGAAAUACCCUGGCGAUGUUUCUCUAAAUAUAUGCAUAGAAGGCAUGAUGGUUGCAGUGGAAUGGCCCCUGGACAUAGAAGAAUUGGUUUUCAUUUAAGAAAUCAAUAAUAACCUAUAACCACCAAUAAUCCUCAACUGGAACCAGAAGUCCCCUCAUUUUGCUAGAAAAAAAACUCUAUGUUAACUGGUGACCCUAACAGUUAAUUUUUGUCCGUUUUAAGAUUUGAUAAGAGUUUUCUUUUUCAACAAUUGUGGUUAGGGUGGGGCUGAUUGGCAUAAUUUCUGCUUCCAGGUGAUGAUGUCAGGUAUCAUCUUGUCUACAGACAAGUCCCUCUCCAAUUCACAUUGAAAACACUAGAAUAAAUUACAUUAAGAUUUAAUUGGCAAAAUUGACAUCCAAGGGUGAGUUUUGAAUUACGGAAGUCUAACAAAAAAGAGGGAGAACGUUGACUAUCUGAUUUAAAACUUUACUACCUGUGGACAUCCCAGAGAUUUCUGCUUUUUUUGGUAUCCGUAUCUUUUUUAGGAGUUUUUCCUUACUGAGAAGGAGGGUCUAAGGGCAGGGAUUCCCUGUUUAGCUUAGUCUGUUUAGUGUAAUUACCUAUUUAUUCCUAUUACUUCAUGUUGUUUAUGAUUUCAUGUUCUUAAAUGUUUCUCAGAACUGCAAAAACAGUUCUCUGUGCCCCCAAAUGACAUGUUUAGAUGCCCACGGGUUAUAAAUGAUGUAACAAAACAUCCAAAAUAGAAUAUGGUUUGAAGGGAUCCUACCAACAAUGAAACUUAUUUGUUUUUACUUGUCUAAAAAUCCAGCUCCAGUAAAGAAAUUAAUAGCUGAAAUGUACUGAAAAUUUAUAAAACACAUAAUGGAAGCUUAAGAUGAAUGUACUUUUAGCAGAUGAGACGUGGGAAAAGAAAUCUACUGUUGUAAAAGAAUUGGAAGUCAACCCUAGAGGGAGUUUGUUUGCAAGAAAAGCCAUCAGUCUAAACUGGUUUACCCCCCCCCCCCCCCUCACCACCACCACCACCAACUGAAGCUCAGUGAACACAAAAGCUAAGGCAGGUCUGUUUGACGGUAUUUGUCAGCCCAACUUCAGCUACAAAUGUACUGUUUUUCAAAAAAGAUGGUGAAGAGUGUCCGCUCUUAGGGACAGAUUUUUAUUUGGUACCUAAAUGUAUACUGUGAUACUGUCCCCAUUCUACAUCUGUAUCCAGUGUUUUUUCUAUAUUUGUUAGGUAAGCCUAAUCUCAACUUGUGUUAAUGUUCGUUAUUGUUAUGAUUGCCUGUAAUUUUGUAUCUUAUUGCAAUAAAUAAAAAAAGGAGAUCUUGC